AUGGUGAAGGACUGCAAGAAGCUCGGCGUCUUCUGCGAGCCGACAGAGGACCUGAAGAUGACUGUGGAGAAGUGGCCGGUGGUGCAGGCGUUUGGCUAUGAUGAGUUCGGCCAGGGUUUUCUGACCUUGCGCCGAGAGCUUGUGAACUUGGAGCAGGACAUGCACCAGGUGGUUUACCCCGCCUGGGACCUUACUGCCAUGCAGUGGGCGCAGCAGCUCUUCCCCAAGUUCCAGAUACUUGGAUCGAUCCAGGACCUGGAGAGAGGUCUGCAUGGGUCUUGUGCCGACUAA